CCUCGACCUUUCGACCAUCCAGCCUUCUCCAGGGUGAUGACUCCUGUCUCCUGAGACGUUGGAAAACCUAGUUUGGAAGAAGAAUACAGAUACAGUUGAUGCUGAACUACAGCCGAGGAUGAAGCGGCGAGCAUCAGACAGAGGAGCUGGGGAAACAUCCACUAAGGCAAAAGCUCUUUGUGCAGGGAUUUCUGGAAAUAAUGCCAAGAGAGCUGGGCCUUUCAUACUCGGUCCACGUUUAGGUAACUCCCCUGUGCCAAGUAUUGUUCAGUGUUUGGCAAGAAAGGAUGGGACCGAUGACUUUUACCAGCUGAAGAUUCUCACCUUAGAAGAAAGGGGUGACAAAGGAAUAGAAACCCAGGAGGAACGACAGGGCAAGAUGCUGCUGCACACUGAGUAUUCUCUCCUUUCCCUGCUCCACAACCAGGAGGGAGUGGUGCAUCAUCAUGGGCUCUUCCAGGACCGAGCUUGUGAAAUUAUAGAAGAUCUAGAAGCCAACAGAAUGGUCAGAAAAAUGAAGAAGCGCAUUUGUCUGGUGUUAGACUGUCUCUGUGCUCAUGAUUUCAGUGACAAAACUGCAGAUCUGAUCAAUCUGCAGCAUUAUGUCAUUAAGGAGAAGAGGCUCAGCGAGAGGGAGACAGUGGUGAUAUUUUAUGACGUGGUACGAGUGGUGGAAGCAUUACAUAAGAAAAAUAUUGUGCACAGAGACUUGAAACUAGGAAACAUGGUGCUAAACAAAAGGACUCAUCGAAUAACCAUCACAAACUUCUGUCUUGGCAAGCACCUGGUGAGUGAGGAUGACCUGCUGAAGGACCAGCGAGGGAGCCCUGCCUACAUCAGCCCAGACGUGCUCAGUGGACGGCCGUACCGUGGGAAGCCCAGUGACAUGUGGGCGCUGGGCGUGGUGCUCUUCACCAUGCUCUACGGGCAGUUCCCCUUCUACGACAGCAUACCUCAGGAGCUCUUCCGCAAGAUCAAGGCUGCCGAGUACACCAUCCCCGAGUGA